UCAGGAGUAUAAAAUGGGAAUCAACCCAAAACCUAACUUGCCGAGUAAACGCCGAGUACCAAAUGUAAGACAUUUCAAGAAGGACAAAUACCAUCCGGAUUGCUAUACUUCACAGGAAGAAGCGCAAGCUAAAGAAGUGAAUGAAAAAGGAAAGAAAAAUCAAAGCAGUGGACUAGAAAAAAUGAAGGUCCCAUUGGUGUCUCAUGAUUUGAUACGUAAUAUUAUUGUUCCUGGUUGUGAUCCCAAAACAAAAAAAGCAAUAUUUGACAAGGAAUCAUUUGAACGGUUGAAAUUUAAAUCAAAGUUCUUGACUCCAGAGGAACGCCUGAAACUGGCUGCUGAGGCUAAAGCAGAGAAAGAAAGAAAAGCAAUGGAGAGCGCUCUUCGUAAAAAAGAGUUGCAGGAUUGUGAUAAGAUAAUAGAAUACGGAGCAAAACUCAGUGAGGUGGAGGAGGAAGCUGCACGCAAGGCCCAACAUUUGCUCGCCCGGGCUCACGAGCUGCGACAAGAACAGGAAGAUGAAAUCAAGAAGUGUAAUGCUCUCAUCUUGGCCACUAAAUGUCACGCCAUCAGGGAUGCUCAGGUCGCAGAAAAGAAACUAAUUGAGAAGGAACUUUCGGAGGAGGAGAAACGAAUGGAGGAUAUGAUGGAACAGGAGAGACAGCAGGCUCUGAGGCAGCAGGAGAGAGAGAAGGAGCAGCAGAAGAUACGGAAGCAGCAGUAUGUCAAGACUGUUCUGGAGCAGAUACAAGAGAAUGAGUUGCAGCGUGAGAUGCAAGCUGAGAGGAUUGAAGAGGAGAGUCGACUAGCAAACGAGGCAGCCAUGCAGGUGCAGCUGGACGAGCUUAAGUCGAUGAAGCAGAAGAUGGCUGAGCAAGCACAACAGCGUGAGGAGAUGAACAAGAUCAACCAGCAGUUGCACCAUUUUGCCUGCCUUGAAAAGGAAGAGAAUCGGUUGGCUGAUCUCAAGGUACAAGAGUACAUGAGGCGCAAGGCAGAGGCAGAAGCAGCCCGACAGAGAGAGUUGGCUAAGCAACGCCUGGAGAAGGAGAAGGAGUUGGCUAGAUUGAGAGCUAUGCAGAAAAGAGCAGCAGACACCCAAGCUGCAAAAGACGAGAUGAAUGCAAUGCGGAUUCAGGAUGAGGUAGAACGAGAGUGGCGGCGGAAAGAGCGAGAGGCAGCACUGCAACGAGCUAAGCGAAGUGAGGAGCUCAAGGUGGCCAGGGAACAACAGGUGUUGGACCGCAGGAAGUGUCAGGCCAUUGAGAUUCAGCGGGAGAAGGAAGAGUCCGAGCGCAUAGCCAGAGUUAAUCGUGAGGCUCUUGAAAGGGAUAAAUUGGAGGAGCAGCGAAGGCUGUGUUUGAUAGAGCAUCAUCGGAUGGAGUUGCUGAAACAGAUAGGAGAGAAAGAGAAAGAUCGGAUCAAGGCCAGACAGCAGCUGUUUGAGGAGGGACUAGCGAUCAAAGUGGAGAAACAGAAGCGGGAUGAAAUGCUCAAAGAAACUAUGAUCAAGAAGAUGAAUAUGAUCAGGUCUCACCAAGUGCCAGAGAAGUAUGUGCGGGAGGUGGAACGACAGCUGCAACUGACUGGCUGAACUCUCAUGGUCACAGUGCAACUUGUGUGCCAUGUUUGGACUUUUGUCAUAGCUAAAAUCUCUGAGAUAAUGUGUGCUCUCCUCUCAGUGCUCAUCACUUUAAUCUAGUCACUGUAAUUUGAUGUUCUGUUAAACUAAAAAUUGUUUUGUGAUAAAAUUAAACUGUGUGGUAUUUAUUAUAUGUAUUUUGUAAUAACAUUUUUAUGUGAAAUAAACUAUAUUAUUCAUAACUUGUU